AUGAAAGUGGUGGUGAUGGAAGAGAUGGUAGGGAGGCAGUGGAUAGUAGGAAUGGUGGUGACAGUCGAUUGCAUAGAGAACGACGCAUCUGCAAUCGAGAAGGUGGAGGAUAGAGAUGAGAGAAAACCUGGUGGAGAAGGAGAGACGAGAAGGUGGAGGUGUCGAUUAGGGGUUGUUCAACUGAAACCAUUGGACAAAGAAGGUGGUGAUUAUUUCUCCAUAACAAGUUUUGAUGGAGGAGUAGUGUAUGAUGACAUCUUGAAAGCAACGAAUAAUUUUGAUGAAGCUUACUCCAUUGGGACCGGAGGAUAUGGGACUGUGUACAAAGCCGAGCUACAACCUAACAAUAUGGUAGCAGUCAAGAAACUUCACCCAUCAUCUGAGGAUGUUGAUCAUAAUGGAUUCCUAAAUGAGGUACGAGCAUUAACAAACAUAAGGCAUCGAAACAUAGUGAAACUUUAUGGAUAUUGUUCACUUGCCCGGCACUCCUUUUUGAUUUAUGAAUACGUUGAAAAGGGAAGCCUUGGAUCAAUCUUAAGAAGUGAUGUUUUAGUAACAGAAUUGGAUUGGUUGAAACGGGUAAAAAUUGUAAAGGCUGUAGCUAAUGGGUUGGCUUAUAUGCAUCACGACUGCACACCACCUAUAAUUCAUAGAGACAUUUCCAUUGCCAACAUCAUUCUUGAUUCCGAUUAUGAGGCACAUAUUUCUGAUUUUGGUACAUCCAAGCUUUUAAAGCUAGACUCAUCCAACUGGACCGCAAUCGCAGGCACAUAUGGCUAUAUCGCGCCAGAGCUUGCUUAUACGAUGGUGGUGACCGAGAAAUGCGAUGUGUAUAGCUUUGGGAUCGUAGCACUAGAAGUGAUCAUGGGAAAGCAUCCUGGUGAAGUACCAACAUUGCGUGCGGAUUAUCUGGUGUUAGCAAAUGUUGGAGAUAGUCGCAUUCCACUUCCUUCACCACACGUUGAGAAAAAAGUUAAUAUGGUACUGAAUCUCUCAAGAGCAUGUUUGAACUCGAAUCCGCAAGAAAGACCAACAAUGUGCCAAGUUUCAAAUCUGUUGAUGAAGGCUUGA